UUUAAACAAGCCUAAACAUUUCACUGCGCAAAAAAUUACUUGCACCACACACACUCGCAUCCCUCUCUCCCUCUCUCUCUCUGUCUGUCUGUCUCCACACCUCCCUCUCUCUCUCUUUCUCUCUUUCUCCAUCCUUUCUUGUGUUCGCGUGUCUGUUCCAGGCUGGUGUGCUCAAUCGAAAUGUUCUAAAAGGGAGAAAUUAGACACUUCUGCAUCCACUCAGGACCUUUCCAUCUUCUCCUCUGUUCAGUCCCUCAGGCUUCCCCUCUCCCCCUCUCUCUCUCUCUCUCUCUCUCUCUAUCUAACUCUGCACGCGCCGCUCGGACACUGAAGAAUUAGAAGAGGACGAAGUUCGGAGCACGUGACAAAGAGCCGGAACUCCGUUUAUUUAUUAUUAUUAUUUAUUAUUAUUAUUUCUAAACGCUCUUUUAUUUAUUUAUUUAUCCAACUCAAUAUUUAUUUGCAACAUAUUUAUUUGCGUCAAGGAUCUGAACAAACAUGAAACUGCUGCUCGACUCCUCCUCCUCGCUGCUCUUCUCCGUCCUAUUGGCUCAGCUGCCGUUGUUUACGUCGGCGCUCCCCGCCCAUGCGCGACGUCCGCACGCCGAUUUCGACAAGCUGACCAACCAGACGAGGCAUCUGCAGAAGAUGACCCACGACCUGAUCAACGACCACAAGGGUGAGCCAGUGAUCGACCACCACAGGUUCAAGUCUCUUCCAGCCAUCAACAGCAGAGCCAAUGACCUCAGCUCACUGGAGUUAAAGCCUACACUCUCUCAGCUCCAUGCCGACUUCAAGAAUUUCGAGCACCAUUUUGAGUGGCUGAACAAGGUGACACAGAAGCACCAUCACUCCACAGCAUCAAAGCUGAGCGAGAUGAUCUCGCACAUUAAGAGUCUCAUCGGCCUACUACAACGCCAGAUGCUGCAAGUAGAUGCCCCUCGGAUCACCGUACCUUCUCCCUCCCUCCCGCCUCAACCCUCCUCGCAGUGGGAGAUGAAUCAGUCUUCACAGGUGCUCCUUCAAAGGUUCAGGCAUUUCUGUGAUUGGGCAGCACGUGCUUUCCUCAGCCUCAAGUCUAAGAUGCAGGCAUGAGGGCUGCCGUUAAACCCGCAGCCAAUCACGGCUCACCAUUCCUACACUACAGCAAAUGACCAUUCCUUCAACCCUCUAUGAACUACCAGCCUGGUGCAUAUGUGAGCUGAUCAAACGGCAGCGACGGUGUCGACACUGAUCUGUAGUCAUAGGCACAUUGAAGCCACAGUGCAAACACGAGAGCGCCACCUGUCUGCCACUGUUGUGUGUGUUCGGACUACAGCGACACAUCACUGCCAACAGCCUGCUUCUGAUCAUCUGCGCAAAUUCAUCAAAAUUUCACUUUCUUUGCUCGCUCUUUAUCUUUUUUUUUAAAUCAGCCUAUUCAUUAUUUAUGUAUUUAUUUAUUUAUUAAGCGGUUAUUUAGUUAUUUAUUUGGUGUCAUUAUUUAUUUGAUUCUUUGAGGAAAAAAAAAUCACCGUCAUUUUCUUUACCAGUUAUGUUUAAAUUUAAAAGUAAAAUGUACUGUCUUUCUGUUUUCCAUAUUUCUUUCAUUUCUAUAAUACUGUCUUCUAGCCAUUCUUAAAAAAAAACUGCCUUCUUUUAAAAAAUUUUUAUUUUUCCUCUUGUCCCUUUUCUGUUAUUAUUAUUAUUAUAUUAUUGUUUUUAAUUAUUUUUAUUAUUAUUAGAGAGGCAAGUGCUCACGAUUGUUACCUAGAUUGUUUUGCCACUAGAUGUAGCAAUAUUGCUGGGUUUGUAAGGUGUCUGUUAGCGUAAGAUAAAUUGGCAAACUGGGGGAAAAAAGUGUCACAAAGCACUGACCUUACACCAUUGCUGCCUUUUUCUCCCAUUUUUUGUCUCCUUCUUUGCACAGUAUAUUUGGGUUUGUGUUUUGGAUCCUCCAAUUCAGAUGAAACGCAUUGACGGCUAACAUGUUUUUAGGCAAUGUUAAAUGAAAGGGAAAAAAAAAAACCAACCCAAGCCUUAAAAUACUAUGUAUUGUGUUAUCGUGAUUAUUUGGUAAUGUACUGAUGUACAGGCAACACCCUGAAUGUAAAUUGUUAUAUGUACAGUGCAAAUGUGUUUUAUAUUAUAGUUUUCUAUAAUAUAAGGCCCUUUGCUCUGGAAAUUGUAUCGCAAUAUCAAAAUUCUUCUGUUUUUAUUUUUUUUUUUCAUAUUUUGAUAUACUAUUUAUUAUGUUUUCGUGUUAUUUAUUUUCACUGAAAAGAAGCAAGCCUUCUGUAAUUUUUAUACUUUUAUACUACUUAUAAUCAGACUUUAUCAUUGCUAAUGAAAUUUUAAUGUUCAACUGCAUCGCCUCACAUGCUGUAAAUGACAUUACUGUUUGACCAAAAUGUGUCAAGGAUGUGUCAGAUACAAUAAAGGAUUUAAUGGCAAAGACUGUCUCAGAAUUAGCUUUUAUCUUUUGUCAGCUUUUG